CCGUCCCUGCGGCGCGCGCGCAGCCGUGCGGCCCCUCCCAUUGGCCGCGCCGCCUGCCCGUCGCGGGGCCCGUGGCAGCCUUCAGGUCGUCGGGCGCCGGCGCUCGGUGGCGGCGGCUGCGGGUGGCGGCGGUGGCGGCUGCGCUGCGCGGCGCGGACGGCGGACGCACCUCUGGGGCCGGGCCGGGCCUUGAGGGACGGGGACGAGGCAGGGCCGGGCCGGCGGCGGCCGGGGGACCGCGACGAUGACUCUGGAGUCCAUGAUGGCGUGUUGCCUGAGCGACGAGGUGAAGGAGUCGAAGCGCAUCAACGCGGAGAUCGAGAAGCAACUGCGGCGGGACAAGCGCGAUGCCCGGCGCGAGCUCAAGCUGCUGCUGCUCGGCACUGGGGAGAGCGGGAAGAGCACCUUCAUCAAGCAGAUGCGUAUCAUUCACGGGGCCGGCUACUCGGAGGAGGACAAGCGUGGCUUCACCAAACUGGUGUACCAGAACAUCUUCACCGCCAUGCAGGCCAUGGUGCGCGCCAUGGAGACGCUCAAGAUCCUCUACAAGUACGAGCAGAACAAGGCCAAUGCACUCCUGAUCCGGGAGGUGGAUGUAGAGAAAGUCACCACCUUCGAGCACCAGUACGUGAAUGCCAUCAAGACACUGUGGAGUGACCCUGGCGUCCAGGAGUGUUACGAUCGCAGGCGGGAGUUCCAGCUGUCCGACUCGGCUAAGUACUACUUGACGGAUGUGGACCGCAUCGCCACUGUGGGCUACCUGCCCACCCAACAGGAUGUGCUGCGGGUGCGCGUGCCCACCACGGGCAUCAUCGAGUACCCGUUCGACCUGGAAAACAUCAUCUUCAGGAUGGUGGACGUGGGCGGGCAGAGGUCAGAACGCAGGAAGUGGAUCCAUUGCUUCGAGAACGUGACGUCCAUCAUGUUCUUGGUGGCCCUGAGCGAGUAUGACCAGGUCCUGGUGGAGUCAGACAACGAGAACCGCAUGGAAGAGAGCAAGGCGCUGUUCCGUACCAUCAUCACUUACCCCUGGUUCCAGAACUCGUCCGUCAUCCUCUUCCUCAACAAGAAGGACCUUCUAGAAGACAAGAUCCUGCACUCACACCUGGUUGACUACUUCCCCGAGUUCGACGGGCCGCAGCGGGACGCACAAGCCGCACGUGAGUUCAUCCUGAAGAUGUUUGUGGACCUGAACCCCGACAGCGACAAGAUCAUCUACUCACACUUCACCUGCGCCACCGACACCGAGAACAUCCGCUUCGUGUUUGCCGCCGUGAAGGACACCAUCCUGCAGCUGAACCUGAAGGAGUACAACCUGGUGUGACCAGGGCGUGGCCACCACCAGGGCCAGCUCCCUCCGCAUCCCGUGACCCAAACCACGGGCCAGGGCGCACCGGGGCUGGGGUCUCUUUUCCCUCUCACUUCCUGUCCCUGUCACCGAUCUUCCAGGGCAGGGGUAGCCUCUUUCUGGCCUUGACUCCUUGUGGCUUGAGUUUUUUUUUUUCCCCUAGGGAGAGAGAGAGAGAGAGAGAGAGAGAGAGAGAGAGAGAGAGAGAGAGAGAGAGAGAGAGAGAGA